ACUCUUCUGUUUAUGGACACGUUAUUCCUGCUUUCUCCCAUUAAGAACAGUGUUGCAUUACCUUACUGUAGACACUUGUUAAUUACAAAAGAAAACAAAUGAAGUAGGGAAAACAGACAUCACCUUAAUAAAGUGAUCAAAAAUUAACACAGACAAGGGGUGGGCAUUGUGUUAUUUAGAUUUUACACCUGAGACGGAUGGCACAUUGCUUCUAUGGCAUUCUAGCCAAAGAGCUUAACCUGAAUUUAGUUAUGAGCUUAAUCUGAAUUUAGUCAUGAGGAAACAUCAGGAAAACCUCAAAUGAGGAACCUUUUAUAAAGUUAACUGGCCUGUGUUCUUUAAAAAAAAAAAAAAAAGGCCAGGCGCGGUGGCUCAUGCCUGUAAUCCCAGCACUUUAGGAGGCUGAGGCAGGCGGAUCAUGGGGUCAGGAGUUUGAGACCAGACUGACCAAUACAGUGAAACCCGUCUCUACUAAAAAUACAAAAAUUAGCCUGGCAUGGUGGCACGGGCCUGUAAUCUCAGCUACUCAGGAGGCUGAGGCAGGAGAAUCGCUUGAACCCUGGAGGUGGCGAUUGCAGUGAGCUGAGAUCAUGCCAUUGCACUCCAGCCUCUGCAGCAGAGCGAGACUCUGUCUCAAAACAAAACAAAAAACAAAAAAAAAGACUUUGUUUUUUAGAGUGGUUUCAGAUUCGUAGCGAAACUGAGCGGAAACUACAGAGUUCAAAUAUACUCCAUGACCCUAAAACAUGCACAAGCUCCCCCACUGUCAAUGUCUUGCACUAGAAUGGUGCAUUUGUUACAAUCAAUGAACCUACAUCAACACAUCGUUAUCACCCAAAGUCCAGUUUACAUUAGGGCUCACUCUUAGUGUUGUACAUAUUAUGGAUUUUAACAAAUGUAUAGCAUAUAUCCACCAUUAUACUGUCAUAUAGAAUAGUUUCACUGCUCCAAUAAUCCUCUGUCCUCCACCCAUUCAUUCCUCCCUUUCCAUAAUUCUCAGCAAGCACUGAUCCUUUUACUGUCUCCAUAGUUUUGCCUUUUCCAGAAGGUCAUUUGGCUGGAAUCACACAGUAUGUAGCCUUUUCAGAUUGGCUUCUUUCAACCUAGUAAUAUGCAUUUAAGACUUCUCCAUGUCUUUUCAUGGCUUGAUAGCUCAUUUCUUCUUGACUUGGAAUAAAAUUCCAUUGUGUGUAUAUACCACAGUUUAUGUAUCCACUUACCCACUGAAGGGCAUCUUGGUUGAUUCCAAGUUAUGGUAAUAGUGAAUAAAGUUGCUACAAACAUCCACUUGCAGGUGUGUGCAUAAGUUUUAACCCAUUUGGGUAAAUACCAAGAAGUGCAAUUUCUGCUUUGUAUGAGUAGAGUAUGCCUAGUUUUGUAAGAAAUGGCCAAACUGUCUUCUAAAGUGUAUGUACCAUUUUGCAUUGCCACUAUCAGUGAAUGAGAGUUCCUGUUGCUCCACAUCCUCACCAGCAUGUGAUGUUGUCAGUGUUUUGGAUUUUGUAGUGGUAUCUCAUUGCUGUUUUGGCCUAUAUUUUUCAAAAAUGACAAUGGCAUGACAAGAAAAGCCGAGGAACCAAUUUAGAGGAUAUGAAAUAGACUAGAUGUAACAGUGAUCAUGGAUGGACUACAUCCUACGAGAAAAAAGUGCCAUGAAAGACAUAAUUGGAACACCUCACAAAACUGGAAAUGGAACAUGAUUAAAGUCUUCUAUCAGUAUUAAAUUUCCUAAAUUUGAUUGUCUGGUAGAUUCAUUCUUAGGACAUACAUACUGAAAGACUAAGGGGUUGGGCACGGUGGCUCACACCUGUAACCCCAGCACUUUGAGAGGCCGAGGCGGGUAGAUCACCUAAGGUCAGGAGUUCAAGAACAGCCUGGCCAACAUGGCAAAACCUCAUCUCUAGUAAAAAAUAGAAAAAUUAGCCAGGUGUGGUGGCACGUGCCUGUGAUCUCAGCUACUCGGGAGGCUGAGGCAGGGAGAAUUGCUUGAACCCGGGAGGCGGAGGUUGCAGUGAGCCGAGAUCGCGCCACUGCACUCCAGCCUGGGUGACAGGGUGAGACUCUGUCUCAAAAAAAAAAGAAAGAAAAGAAAAAAGACUAAGGGACAGUGGGCCUGAUAUAUGCAACCUAUCUCAAAUGAAUCAGAAAAAAAUGCAAAGAUAGAAAUCUGCUAUAACGUUAGCAACUUGUGAAUCUUGAUGAAGGGUAUAUAGGAACUUUUUGCACUGUUUUUGCAACUUUCUUGUAAAUAUUUCAAGAUUUAAAAGUUUAAAGAUUUUUUUAAAGUGCUGCCACUAACAUUCCAUCCAUAUUUUUUGAUGCACACGCGCAAGCUUCUCCAGCAUAUUCCACCGAAUAGUGUUGCAGAUUCAUAAGGUGUGCACAUCUUCAACCUGACUAGCUAUACAGUUUACAAAGUGCCACUGACAUCCUUAUUAAUUUUAUUUUUGCACCGUCUUUUUCUCUCACUAAAAUUUAAGGUUGGGCAGUGCUACUAAAAGUGCAGCCCUUGGGCCUGCAGCAUUAGCCUCAUCAGGGUGCUGGUUAAACACACAAAUUGUCAGACCUCCACCCCAGACUUUCUGAAUCAGAAACUCUGGGGUCACAGCCCAGGAAUCUUCGUUUUCACAAACCUCCAAGCGAAUAUAAAGAUCGUAGAUUAUACAGACCGUAGGGCCGAUCUAUAUAAUCUAUUAGGGACGCGUCGGCCUUGUAGGCGGGUCUCCAAGUGAAUGAGCGGCAGAACCCCAUCACGCGCGUCAGCCUGCGUGAACCAGUGCGCAGCGCGCCUUCCCCGGGCACCCUCUCGGCGCUGGCAGCUGGCGCCCAGAUCCCCGGGCUGGGUGAGGAGGGGCGGCCGGACGGGGCGGGCCGGAGGCUGGCGUCCCCGCCCCGAAAGCAUUCGGCCCGCCGCGUCGCACCGUCCUCUUUCCUUUCCUUCUCCCUCCCCUUUUCCCUUCCUUCCUUCCUUUGGCCGGGCGCGAUGGAGCCGGGGCGCCGGGGGGCCGCGACGCUGCUGGCGCUGCUGUGCGUGACCUGUGCGCUGCGCGCCGGGCGCGCCCAGUACGAACGCUACAGCUUCCGCAGCUUCCCACGGGACGAGCUGAUGCCGCUCGAGUCGGCCUACCGGUACGCGCUGGACAAGUACAGCGGCGAGCACUGGGCCGAGAGCGUGGGCUACCUGGAGAUCAGCCUGCGGCUGCACCGCCUGCUGCGCGACAGCGAGGCCUUCUGCCACCGCAACUGCAGCGCCGCGCCGCAACCCGAGCCCGCUGCCGGCCUCGCCAGUUAUCCCGAGUUGCACCUCUUCGGGGGCCUGCUGCGCCGCGCGCACUGCCUCAAGCGCUGCAAGCAGGGCCUGCCAGCCUUCCGCCAGUCCCAGCCCAGCCGCGAGGUGCUGGCGGACUUCCAGCGCCGCGAGCCCUACAAGUUCCUGCAGUUCGCCUACUUCAAGGCAAAUAAUCUCCCCAAAGCCAUUGCAGCUGCUCACACCUUUCUACUGAAGCAUCCUGAUGACGAAAUGAUGAAGAGGAACAUGGCGUAUUAUAAGAGCCUGCCUGGUGCCGAGGACUACAUUAAAGACCUGGAAACCAAGUCAUAUGAGAGCCUGUUCAUCCGAGCAGUGCGGGCAUACAACGGUGAGAACUGGAGAACAUCCAUCACAGACAUGGAGCUGGCCCUUCCUGACUUCUUCAAAGCCUUUUACGAGUGUCUCGCGGCCUGCGAGGGUUCCAGGGAGAUCAAGGACUUCAAGGAUUUCUACCUUUCCAUAGCAGAUCAUUAUGUAGAAGUUCUGGAAUGCAAAAUACAGUGUGAAGAGAACCUCACCCCAGUUGUAGGAGGCUAUCCGGUUGAGAAAUUUGUGGCUACCAUGUAUCAUUACUUGCAGUUUGCCUAUUAUAAGUUGAACAACCUGAAGAAUGCAGCCCCCUGUGCAGUCAGCUACCUGCUCUUUGAUCAGAAUGACAAGGUCAUGCAGCAGAACCUGGUGUAUUACCAGUACCACAGGGACACUUGGGGCCUCUCGGAUGAGCACUUCCAGCCCAGACCUGAAGCAGUUCAGUUCUUUAAUGUGACCACACUCCAGAAGGAGCUGUAUGACUUUGCUAAGGAAAAUAUAAUGGAUGAUGAUGAGAAUUGCUUGAAAUUCCUGAUUCCACCUUACUCAGCUGACCCCUUUUCUGACCGCGACUCAACUGGUUAUGGAGUGGUCAUUUUGUGGUGGGGCAGCCUGGUCACAGAAAAGCCAUCAUUGGCGGUAGUAUUUAGAGUAUUUGUUUGGAACAAACUGGAAAAUGCUUACUGAGACAGCUGGGGACUUGUCAGCUACUGGAGCUCGAAGAGAGCUGUGAGCUUGCUCUGGUCUCAUCCUUCGCCUUAUAGAUGAGGAGAACGCGGCCAGCAAGUUUCCUGAGCCUCCAGGUCUGGUCUUCCCGUACCCCAGUUUUAGGUGAAGUACCUCUGAAUAAGACAUCUUCAUGGAAUUUGUUUUCUGUCUACAAAUAUGUAUGGGAUGAACUAAUCACUGGCAUUAAACAGCUGAGUCUCAGUUCUUUAUCUAUGAAAUGGGAAUAAUAAUACUGCCCUCCCAGGGUUGUGAGAAUAAAAUACUGUGUUGCGUGUGGAAAUGCUUUCUAAACUGGAAAAUGAUGUACAUGCCUGUGUCUUGGGUUGGGUAUCCUUGAAGCAGAGCCUGAGACAGGAUCCCAAGAUGCCACGGGGCCAUUCCCCCAUUCCCUAAAGGAAGGAACACUGGCCAGAUACCAACAAGAUUGGCCACUGUGAUUUGGAAAGUAUAGCAGAGGCUGGGUGUAGUGGCUCACGCCUGUGAUCCCAGCAUUUGGGAGGCCAAAGCAGGUGAUAGCUUGAGACCAGGAGUUCAAGACCAGCCUGGGCAACAUGGUGAAACCUCGUCUCUACAAAAAAUACAAAAAAAUUAGCUGGGUGUGGUGGAGUACACCUGUAGUCCUAGCUACUUGGGAGGCUGAAGGAGUCUGGCGAGGUUGAGGCUGAUAUUGCACCAUUGCACUCCAGACUCGGCAAUUGGAGUAAGACCCUGCCUCAAAAAAAAAAAAAGGAAAGUAUAGAAAAAUAUAUUUAGAAAAGGUAAGAGGAGUUGAGUUCCCAGUUAUCUAGAGGCAAGCUAAUAUGGAUAUUUUGGUAUGUAUCUUUCCAUUUUUUAAUUAUUAAAGAAAAAUUUUUAUAGUUUUAAA